AAAAUUAGAUAGAAGCUGUGUUUACUGACCAAGACCUGUCACAUUUUAUUUUAUGUUAUAAAAACCAGUUCAACUGGCUUUUGGUUAUUCAAUGAUUUAUGGGGACAUACUCAUGUAAAUAAAUUUAUAUGACAAACAGUGUAUAUUCAAUCUCUACAAGCAAAUAAUUUACGACAAAAUUAUUCUACAUUAUAUGAAUUUUGUCAAUUACUUUAAAACCAAAAAAAAGAGACAAAAAUAAAAUUUAUAGUAAAAUUCAAAAUGAAUUUUCAAAAAAGUGAUACAAAAAUAAAAUUUCGCAAAAAAAAUAUUGUUUUAAAUUCAUAUUUAAAAUACGCCGCUGCAACUAGUGUAUCAAUAACAACAGUGGGAUUAGGUAUGAUUUUCUCGUGGACAUCACCGGCACUACCGCAUCUAACAGGUUCGGCAUCAAAUUUUCCAGUGACGGAAUUACAAGGUGCUUGGAUAGCGUCUCUAGUUGGUUGUGGAACAGUUUCUGGAUUUCUUCUCAAUCCCCUUUUGAUAAGUAAUUUUGGAUCGAAACGAACGCUAAUAUUUUUAGCAGCACCGGAAAUUAUAUCAUGGGCGGUAAUUUACUUGGGUAAAAAUUGGCUUCUAAUUUGUUUCGCACGAAUUAUUGGUGGCUUUGGAUAUGGUGCUGGCCUAUGUUCAACUGCAAUUUAUCUCUCGGAAAUUGGUGAUAAACGAACGAGGGGAAUUUUUCUCACACUCAUCAAGAUGUCUAUUAAUAUUGGUAUAUUUAUUUCAAUGUUUCUUGGCGCAUUCCUCUCGUACGAUACAAUGAAUUUGAUAUUGAUGAUGGUGCCAAUUAUUUUUGUUGUUACAUUUUCAUCGAUGCCGGAUGCUAAGGAUUUUCAAGUUGAUGAUUUUGAGGAUGAUCAGAAUUGUAUGGCAAAGUUUUCUGAUAUAAAUGAUUUACAGAAACAUUCGGAUCCUAAAGAAAUGUUGAACGGUACAAAGAAACAUUUGGAUGCUAAAGAAAUUACAAAUGGUAUAAAGAAACAUUCAGACAAUAAAAUAAUUUCUAGUGGAACAAAAUUACAUUCUAAUGUUCCUUGUACCGAAAGUGUAACUGGUUUAAAGAAAUAUUUUCCAGGCUCGAACAGUUUUGGUGAUACUGAAAACGAUUUCAAGAAACAUUCAGAUAGUUUUAUGGAAGAUGUUGUAAAUAGUUCAAAAAUUGCAAAUGAUGCUACAAAAGCAAAAAUUUCAGAGCAACAUCCGAGUCAUUCUGACAAAAAUGCAAAUCUGUAUCAACAUUCAGAUGAUCCUGAAGAAGUAAUAAACGGAACAAGUAAGCAUUUGGAUCCUAGAGAAAUUACAAACGGUACACAGAAACAUUCGGAGAUUCUUUGUACCGAACAUUCGCAAGUUCCAACCGAAUUGACCAACACGGAUAUUCUAAAAGAAGAUACUGUAAUUCUUCUGCAAAAUAAUACAAUAGUUUUAGUGAACAAUGAUACAGUGGACGUUGUCGAAUCCAAGUCCAUCGAUUUCUUGAACGAACAAACAAGCACCCUUAUUCUUGAUGAAAAUUUUUCGAAACAACAUUUAGAUUUGAACAAAGAAACUACAUGUCCAAGGAACUCCAAUUCAGCAGAAUCGAUUCGACUAUUAACUAGAACAAGUGAAACAAUUUUGACACCAGAUAUGGAACCAGUUCAGGGUGAAAACAAGACAUUUGAAGAGGAAAUAUCACAAUUGUUAGAGUCAAGUGCACCAAGUACUUCAGUACAUAAAGAAAAAAUUUACCUCCAACUUUUCACACUUAAAAAUAACCGUAAUGCUCUAAUCAUCAUAAUGCUCGCUGCCUUAACCGAUAUAUUCUCAGGUCAUAUGGUAGUCGUUACGUAUACUCAACAAAUUUUCGAAUACAGUGGCGCAUCACUAAAACCCGAAUAUGCUGCUUUAAUUUUGGCCAUACUAAAAAUAAUCGCCUCCUUAAUUUCAACGGUGGUUGUUGAAAAAUUUGGCAGAAGAUCUUUAUUCCUCUCGACCGGUAUCAUUGCCGGUUUAUCACAAGCAACUGUGGGUCUAUUCUUCUAUCUCAAACUGUAUCUGAAAAUUAAUAUUCACACAAUCACUUGGCUACCACUUUUGGGAGUAUCAAUGUACGAGGUAAUUGGCAGUAUUGGACUAAGUAGCCUCUACUAUGUAUAUCAAGGCGAACUCUUUGCAGACGAUGUAAAAUAUUUAGGUGUCACAUGUACCAAUAUUUCCUACGAGAUUAUUACAUUUUUUUUGAAAUUAUACUUUCAAAUUGUCAUCGAUUCAAUUGGAAUAUAUUCCCUAUUCUUUGGAUUUGGAAUUUCUUGUAUUAUUGGAUCGAUUUUGGUUUAUUGGAUCUCACCGGAAACAAAGGGCAAAAGUAAAGAUGAAAUACAAAAAUUGUUAUCAUAAUUAAAUUUGCAUUUUUUAAUUUUUUUAAAUUUCAAUGAAAUUUUACUUUACGAAAAUAAAUAUCGAAAGUUUUAUGCAUAUAUUUAUCAACUUUUUCUUGAUAUUUUCUCAAAUCUACGGAAUGUACAAACGAGCGUAAUAAAAAAUUCAAAAUGGCCGAUCCAAUAUGACGGACGAAAUUACAAGAUAUGGAUAAGAUUUUAAUAAAACUUGGUUUCCUGGGAUUUUCUUGGUCUCUGGUAAGAAAUUUGAUACCAGAUUUUUUAAAUUCAAAAUUCAGAUCCAAUAUGGCGGAAUAAAUUAUAAAAAUUAGUUAGAUAUGAUUAGUUAGAUAUUAUAUU